AGUAAGACGUCUGUUGCUUCUUUCCUUUCCUCUUUACACGGACUGCUAUCCCUCCUCGCCACGCAGCGAUGCCCAGCGACGGUUCUCCUGUUGACCGGCGCAACGACGUGCGGCGGAGCGGCGGGAGCAAAGCGCACGACACCGACCCGGUCACCGGCCGGUCUGUCUCUUCAUCGAAUGAAGGUGCGUCGGAGGAACCCAACGAUCAUGGACUCACCUACUCGGAGUGCGAGGCGGUGCAGAAGAAAGGCAGCAUGGCGCGCAUCUCCGUCACGGCAGGCGAUGGCGGUGUGCUGGUGCGGUGGGACUCCAACACGGGCGACGUCCUCGUUGCCCCGACCGCCGUCACCGUCGCUGUCGCCGGGGACUGGGUGAGAGCCGCCAGAAUUGUGGCGGAAGGAAACGCACGCGCGGUGCGGUUGAUCAUCCUAAACGCUUCCUUUCGCGUGUACGUGGAUGGGCAGCGUCUGACACGUGUGGGGUCGCCGGUCUUGGUGCGUCCUUCGCAGAAGGUUACCUUCGCCGCCGACCCCACCGUGUACUCGCUCGCUGCUGCCUCCGCAUCGCCGUGCGCCGAGGCUGCCGCUGCUGCAGGGGGGAUGCGGUGCUACGGUCAUCGACCGGUCUUGCUACCGGUAAAGAUGCGCGGGCAGCAGGCGAAGCCGCACGCACCGUCCGCGUCACCGCUCCCGCGUGUGCCGUCAGCUGAAGCGCAGCAGACGGCCUUUCUGUCUCUCUCGGGCACCUCUAUCGCCAGCACGGGCGAUGUCGCCGCUCAACCUCCGCUCGGUGGGCGCGACGCGUGGAUGACCGGCGAACUCGUCCUUCCGAUGGGGCCAGCGGAGCCGCACCUUCUUCGGAGGCAUUCCUCUGUGCGCAUCAAGACGAAUGCGGAGCAGCAGGACUGCCAUCAUGACACUCACGAACCGGAUGUCUCUCCUCACGGUGCUGCGCAGACUUCCGUAGCGGACAGCACCGCGUCCAGUGCUGCCGCAUGCGGAACUGCCGAGGUGCUUUACGUCAGUGGGGCAGGGGCGGAGGGGCCGACGGGCGUCACCGACUUGCUGACGGAGGCGAGCCCGGACGGGGAGAGACGCACGUCAGACGUGAUCGAGUCGAAGCUGAACGCAAGCAGAAACGGGCACACCACGAAUGGUAAAGACAGGUUGGGUGCAUCCCCGCUGCGGUCACACCACGACGUGCGGAAGAGGACUGCUCCCUCAGCCCCGGUGGUACAAAAGGGGCGGCAGCGGCAGCAAACGGCGCAGCUCCUCCAUGCGUUUUUUACGUGGGGGCAGGUCGCCACGGUGGCCUCGCCAGACUGGAAGACGCUGUACGGCCUUUGGAGCGACGACCCAAAUAGAGUCCCUACAGAGACAUCGGACUCGGAGAGCUCCAGCGACGCCUUUGCCGCAGCGAUGCAGUCACGCCGGAAGUGCCGAAAGCAGAGCACGCCGCCUCGCGCAGAACGACCGAAUCGACAGAGGACAGUCCAAAACGGACUGGCGGCUCGUGCUGCUCCGGUCAGAGGGCGGCCGACACCCCCAGCGGCCGCGGCGGCUGCCGAUGCUCACCGUUUUACCAUUGGGAGCUAUUGUGCACGCUGGCUCCGCGGUGUGGACGGCCCCGUCUUCAUCACACCGGACAGGCGCACGACACGCCGUAAUCCCACGCACAGCGCGAUCGCGCCGGGUGACUGGAUGAACAGAAUGGGGAGUGCGUUGAAGGAGAAGCUGCGGCUCAAGCAGCGUGUGGCGGCGGUGCCGUUUGUCGUGGAGACGUUCGGCGGCACCCAUCGCUACCGCCCGCUGGCGACCAAGUCUGCCGUGGUCUCUCGAGACUCGGGCGACGACGGGGGAGGCGAGCUCGAUCGAAGACGAGAAGCGGUUUUCGAGUUCACAGAACAGACGAGAAAGGGGUGCGUGGAGGAGGGCCCGUGGGGCUAUCCUCCUGUCGCACGUGAACUUGUCACGCGGCACACAGGCGCUGUCCUCCACAGUGCGAUGCGCUUUUUGCCGGAGAGCACGACGGGGGCGAGAAAGGCAAGCUUUCUGCACGAUGCGCUGUGCCGCACGUACGAUGCCGCGACGGAUCAAUUUACCUACCUGUCCUUCCCGGGCCUACCCGAUCUUCUCUACACCGCGUUUAUGGCGGUCAGCGAAGAGCUCAUGGCCACGCUCGAGGCCGGCCGGCCAGUGCGGCGGCUGGCUUCCCCGCUUCUCUGCGGUGGCGAUCUCUUUGGCAGCUUCAAAGACUUACUACAGGUACUCGGCAGCGUGGCCCACUUUACCCACUGGUCCAUGAUGCACCACCCCCUGGUGCUGCUGGGCAACUACGUGGACCUGGGUUGGCACAGCGUGGAGGUGAUGCUGCUGCUGUGCAGUUGGGCCUGCCUGCAGCCAUCGAAGGUGCACCUCCUGCGCGGCCCGCAUGAGGACCCGCUGGUAAACGGCGACUACAGGCGGCUGGGCAAGCGCUGCUUGCGGUACAAGUGUCGACAGCGCUUCGGCGCACGCAAGGGCGUAGCGCUGUGGGCGCGCUUUAACCGUAUUUUCGCUUUGCUGCCCAUCGCGGCGGUAGUGGACGGCAACGUGUUUGUCGUGCACGGCGGCGUGCCGAGGCUGCUGCCCUCCCCCGUGGAAGGCGACGCGGAAGCGCAUGAAGGUCGAUGCAACAGCGGAAAAGACGCUGUAGGACAUCGCAUGCGGGCACGGCCGGGAGGAGCUCUCUACAGUAACUCGUCGGGGGUGCCCACGCCCACCACCACGGCGACGGAGUCUGCGUGGAACACGUCCUCGCGCCACGCCGACCCACCGUGGAACUCCUCCGUCUUCUCGUUGGCGUCGCCCAGCCUUGGUGGCUCGUGGCGGCCACCAAGCGCGGUACAGAUUUUUCCUGCAUCAGCUGAAGACGUUUACUGCGGCUCCGCGACAGACGGCCACGAGGUGCAGCGGGGUGGAGCGAAGGGCGUGCACGGCGGCGCUCCUCGUCAUCACGCAAAGCGAAGCGUCCCUGCUGGACGCUGCGGCCGUUCUGCCGCCGUCGCCGGUGGCCCUGCUUCUGGAGCGACCGAAGAGAAGAGGAUGGCGCUGCAGCCCACCACCGCGACCUCUGACGUGGACGCAUUUGUGGAGCGCAGGAACACCUCGUCGUUCUCCGAUGGCGAGGGUUCCGCCGAGACCACGCCGCAGUCCUCUAACACACCGUUCAAAGUCGUUUCUGGUGUGGCCGCUUCCGGCUACGCUCCCCUCACUGGGCCGCCCACGGAGGACUUCUCUUACUUUGAGGCCUGUGCUCGCGCCCGCAGCAGUCGAGCGCACACCCCGCUGGUGCAUCUCUGCAGCGGCAGCUACGCAGCAACGGCGCUGUCGAAUGACGCACCGUCAGCGUUGGUGUUUGAUACAACGGUCUCCGAGGUGGCCGCGAGAGUGAGGGAGGACUCUGCUGCGGAAACAUCAACGUCGACGGCUGAAGCCAUAACGGCCACUACGUCAUCCGCAACCGCUAUCGCCGCUCGCAGAGACCCGCACAGGGCGGAGUCAUCGUCCGCUGAGGAUGCGGCUGUCAAGCAGCAACGCCAUCCGCCCGACACACCGCAGACGCAACGCGGGGCGCCGACGGAGGCCGACUUUGAGAAGCUGCUGCUGUCGGCGAGCAUGCGUGACUUCAGCUUCCCGAGCCUCCAGCCAGACAAGAAGCCGCCUGACAGCAACAGCGAACUGGGCGAGUGUGAGUCGAUGAACGACGAAAGGGACGCACGUCGCUGCCGACUGAUUCGCGAGCUCAUCUGGAAUCGCCCCCGUGAUGCCGCAUCGAAGCUGUGCGAGACCGCGGAGGAGGUGACAGUCGUGAAGGGUGUUGUGCAACCGCGCUGGUGGUCGCCGCGAGAGGUGUGGUGCUGCUGCGCAUGUCCAUCGGCAACUGGGGCGCACCGCUGCUGCGGCAUCUUUGGCAGCGGGGGGCUGGUACACUUUCUACAUCGCUUUAGCUUCUCCCUGCUGGUGCGUGGCGCUCCGGAGGACACGUCCAACAUGCACGGCGCGCUGCUCGCUGAAGAAGGUCGUCUGCUCUCCUUGCUGACGUGUACGCGACUCUGCAAGAGGCUUACGCAGGCGGCUGCCUGUGUGUUGCUGCCCACUACUUUUCAGCUGGCCACGUGGGGCGCACAGGAGCUGGCGGGCUCAUUCGAGCAAGUAUCGUUCCGUGACCCUGCUCAAUUUCAUGGCCCACGUGAAGAGAGGGAGCAGUCUCGCUGCUUCAUACACGAACAGGUUGACGCACGCAUGAAGGAUGAAGAGCAAGUCGAGCCACAUGAUCGGUGGGGUGUUGUCUCCGCCUGCGCUGAAGUCCAGCGCCAGCGGAUCCUGAAGAAGCGCGUUGAAAGGGAGCAAUAA